AUGGCGUCCUUCUUUGGCAGAUUCAAGGCGAGUUCGAGCGCUACCCCUUCGAACCCGACAGCCGGGAACGCGCCCACUAAAAGGGACCCGAAUGCACCGCAGCCGACUCCACUCGAGAAGUUGCUGGCAGACGCAGGACCGCUGCGAUCAGACGGCAGCGAUAAGUUCUUCGGGUUUGAGAAUGCUGCUUACACGACGCCCAGCUACUGCAACUCCAUAAUACAAUGCCUCUACUACUCCGCCCCGUUCCGGGAACAAGUCCUCAACUUCCCGGCGCGCUCACCACCAGAAGCCACCACCUCCGCCAACAAUGCCCUCUCUCCAACCAGGCCGAAAUCCGCGCUCUCGCCACUUUCAAGUCCUCUCCACCGACAGCCAAACAGGCCCAGCCUGGCGCCCGCACCUUCUGGGCCUCCAGGUACAAAGCCAGAAGACAACAAGGAGUCGCCGGAGUACAGGAAGAAGCUAGCGGUGGCCGCAGGGCCUGUAUUGAAUAUGGACUACGAGAAUUCGCAGAGCUACGGGAUGUCUGAGUCGCUGUUCACGGCAUUAAAAGACAUCUUCGAGGCCGUCAUUGCGCACCAGUCACGGAUAGGCGUUGUGAGCCCGCAUAAGUUCCUUGAGAUAUUACGGCGGCAGAACGAGAUGUUCCGGAGCGCCAUGCACCAGGACGCGCACGAGUUUCUGAAUCUGCUGCUGAAUGAGGUGCUAGAGGACGUGGAGCGGUUUUCCAAGAGCAAGUCGUCGUCUGAUGUCUCCGAACAGAAUGUUGACGGCGAGUCUGGUCUGGUAAACGCCAUCUCCUCGGCGGUGUCCGCUGCUGUCCCGGGCCUAUUCACCCCGUCCAAACCGCAGCCCAACAAUUCCCACUGGGUACACGAGCUCUUCGAAGGCACGCUCACCUCCGAAACGCGCUGCCUCACGUGCGAGAACACCUCUCAGCGCGACGAAGCCUUCCUCGAUCUCUCCGUGGACCUAGAACAACACUCCUCCGUGACCUCCUGCCUGCGCAAAUUCUCCGAAGAAGAGAUGCUCUGCGAGCGCAACAAAUUCCACUGCGACAACUGCGGUGGUCUGCAAGAAGCCGAGAAGCGGAUGAAGAUCAAACGUCUGCCCCGCAUUCUCGCGCUCCACCUCAAGCGCUUCAAGUACACCGAAGAUCUGCAAAGACUGCAGAAACUCUUCCACCGCGUCAACUACCCGUACCACCUGCGUCUCUUCAACACGACCGACGACGCCGAGGACCCGGAUCGCCUGUACGAGCUGUACGCGGUGGUGGUGCAUAUUGGCGGGGGGCCGUACCACGGCCACUACAUCUCCAUCAUCAAGACGCAGGACCGGGGCUGGCUGAUGUUCGACGACGAACUUGUCGAGCCGGUCGACAAAACCUACGUGCGGAAUUUCUUUGGUGGCGAGGGCGCCAUGGCGUGCGCGUACGUGCUGUUCUACCAGGAAACGACGAUGGAGGAGAUGCUAAGGGAGCAGGAGGCUGAGGGCGCGGCGGCGGCGGCGAAGGCGGAAGAGGGUGUGGGUGAGGGUUUGCAUGCCAAGGCCAAUGGAUUCGUGCCGAACGGCGUGCCUUACACGCCUGCCACGCCGAUGGUCGAGGAGUCGGACAUGUUCGCUAGCUUGGACCAUGCGGCGACGGCUCCUGUGCCGCCGAUGAGCCCGGACCCUAACGCGGCGAUCGUGCAGGAACAACAGCAUCCGCUGGAGAAUGUAGCGUCGAGCCCAGGGUCUGCGGCGCUGGGGUUCCUCGAGAAGAGAAAGGCAAAAGCCGUGGCGGAGAAAGAGCGGAAAGCGGCAGAAAAAGAACUGGAGCGGCAAGCGGCGCAGAAGCGGAAGGAGAUGGAAAUCAAGCGCCGCGAUAACUAUAAGAAGCAGGAGGAGGAUCUCAAGGCUGCAAUCGCAGCGUCGAAAGCCUCGCAAGUCGAAGACUUGAGGCGCUCUGGCACUUCGACGGCGCUAAACGAUGAUGUGGGAGCAGCUGAUGCGCCGAAGGAGAACGGCAGCGGUGGCAUCAUGAGCGGCGGCCUCAACCGGUUCAGGCAUACGAGCAUGAGUUUGAGACACAAGCCGAAACUGUGGCUGCAGAAGGAGAAGGAGGGCCAGAGUCCGCAGACGCCGGGAGAGGGGGAGAGCAGUCAAGGAUUGAUAGCAGGGGCGUCGCCGGAUAAGAAGGAGGAGAAGGAGAAGAAGAACAGGUUCAGUCUUGGUAAGAAGAAAAGUGGUUUCUUGACGUAA